GAAUUCUGAUCGUAGUUGUAGACUUGAAGGAUCCCAUCCCUUCAUUCAUAAACUUCAAACCCCAAACCCAAACCCUAUUUUCCUCUCUCUCUCUCUCUCUCUCUAAACCCCAACAACAAAUAGUGCAACUCCAAAACUCUCUCCCUUUGCUCUAUUUCCAAAGCCAAAUCUCUCUCUUUCACGCUCACCCACAAACACUGCCCAUAAUUCCCCAAAAACCAUAACUUUUAAACAAAACACAAAACAUGAACAACAACAGCACCAACAACGACAACUCUUGUUCUCAAAAUUGGCUUCCCUUCUCCUCUCUCUCUCACAACAGUAAUCUCUCUCUCUUCCACCACCAUCCCACUGACCUCGAAAUCUUCACCGCCGCCCCCAAGCUCGAGGACUUCCUCCGCCCCUCGCCGCCCUUUCACUUCUCCGCCGCCGCCGCCUUUUCCCAACCGUGCGAUUCUGACCUCAAAACCAUCGCCGCCAGUUUCCUCCGCGGGGACCCUCCCCAACAACAACAUGUACUGCACCAUCCCCACGCGCCGCCCCCGCCUCUGCCCGACGCGCCCCCGCCUCCGCCCAAGAAGGCCGUUGAUUCCUUCGGCCAACGCACCUCCAUCUACCGCGGCGUCACAAGGCAUCGAUGGACUGGUCGAUACGAAGCUCAUUUGUGGGAUAAUAGUUGCAGAAGAGAGGGUCAGAGUAGGAAAGGAAGACAAGUUUAUUUGGGUGGUUAUGACAAGGAAGAAAAAGCAGCCAGAGCUUAUGAUCUCGCCGCUCUCAAGUACUGGGGUCCGACCACCACCACCAACUUUCCGGUGUCGGAUUACGAGAAAGAACUGGAGGAUAUGAAGAACAUGACCAGACAAGAAUUUGUUGCUUCAUUAAGAAGGAAAAGCAGUGGUUUUUCUAGAGGAGCUUCCAUUUACAGAGGUGUAACAAGGCACCACCAACAUGGUAGAUGGCAAGCAAGAAUUGGUAGAGUCGCUGGCAACAAAGAUCUCUAUCUUGGAACAUUCAGCACUCAGGAAGAAGCAGCAGAGGCCUACGAUAUUGCAGCCAUCAAAUUCCGAGGCCUCAAUGCGGUGACCAACUUCGACAUCAGCCGCUACGACGUCAAGAGCAUCGCCAGCAGCAACCUCCCCAUCGGAGGGAUGUCGGGCAGCAAAUCCAAGACAGCCUCCGACUCAGCUGCCUCCGACAGCGGUGGAAGCCGAUCAACCGAAGAACGAGACCACCAUUCCCCGGCGUCCUCCACUGCCACAUUAAGCUUCGCAGUCCCCAUCAAGCAAGACCCAUCCGAUCAAUACUGGUCGGUCCUCGGCUACAGCAUGGGCAGCUUCAGCACCGUCGUCUCCAAACCCGACAGCAUUCCAGUGCCAUCAUCGUCGCCGUUUCAGCAAUCUCCAAACCCCGGACCACACAUGAUGCUCCCCGCCAUCACCAACAUAUCUUCGAACGAGAAUGAGGGCGGGGUUUACGGCGGGGUUUAUGUCCAGCAGCCACAGCCACAGCCGCAGCCGCAGCAGCAACAAUACGCGACACCAAUUGCAUUAAGCAGCGGAAUAAGCUUUGAAAUUGGGCAAUCAAUGAGGGGUUUGGAAGCUCAUUCAAAAGCAAGUCUUUUUCAGACGCCAAUAUUUGGAAUGGAAUGAAUGAAUGAGAUUCUGAAUCAGUAUUUAGUUUGAAACGGCAAAGAUGGGAACUUUAAAUCGUAGAGAAGAGAUGUGUAAGUGGGGACUGACAAAUCAGAUAGUAGCUACCCACCUGACUCUGUACUCUCUAGUAAUCAAACUCUACUGACCCAACUUUUAUUUUUUAGACUCUGCUUUCUAAUUAAUUACGUCCUUUCCUUUUU